UGUGGUAGUGAGGAGAAAAGGAGUGAGAGUGGGCGACGGAUCGACAGGUGAUAGUGAGCCAUGGAGAGUGUGAGGAGGAUAAAUAAAGGGAGAGUGUUAGAGAGUGUUUGUUCCAUAGAGGUAGCGUGUUCCAUAGACAGGGUGAGUGAGAUAGUGAAAAAGAAUAGGAGACGGAGACUAGGAGACGGUGACACGGACAGAGAGGAAGACGAACAUUUACGGAGACAAAUAGACACUAAGGAAGACAAACAAGACGAUAAUUAGAAAGAAGGCAUAGAUAGGUAGGUAGAGAGGGAGAGAGAGGCAGUUAGGUAGGUAUAGUAGAGGUGGUGGUGAAAGUGGAGUGUGUGUGUGUGUGGGUGGUGUUGGCCGGUGCCCCUGGCGGUGAGUGAGGCUGGGUGAGUGUGUGAGUGCCGGAGCCAGGGGUCCCGGUGCCAGGGCGCCAGUGUGUUAGGCUAGUGCGUGCCGCCAGGACCGGGUGCCGCCCUCUUAUAACUUCCUGGGUGCCACUAAUUCACCCGGCUCCUAAGACAUCAUCGUAGGUGGCACCCAUUACGAUAGUGCCACUGUAGUGCCGGCACCUACGGGUGGAGUUUCUCCCAGCAGGUGACUACAGGCGGCAACAAAACGAGUUGAAGGGCGGGAAUAUGAAUGCUGGAGGACCUCCGCCACCACCACCGCCACCACCAAUUCCUGGCAUCAUACCAUCAUCUAGACUUCCUUCGGAGAUCCCUGCCCGACUUCCAGUCAUGAAUCCCCCAUCAGCUCUGGCUGGCGCCAUGAUGAAGGACAAGAAACCCUUCACCUACACCCCAGGAGGCCUCGACCUCUCAGAGAUCAAGUCGCCAAGGAUGCAGAGGCGCCUCUACAGGAAUGCUUGUUCAGAAGGGGUGCGGCCAUCUCCUCUAGCCCAGCAGCCUUCACAAGGCCCAGUGAACCCAACGGUGGCAGCACAGUCUACUCCUCAAGGACGGGCCGUCCAGGUACUACCCAUGCCAGGCAUGGCCAUGGGACCUCAGCCACAACCACAACCACAACCGAAGGAACCACCUAAACCCAAGAGAACUGCCUGUGGACCUCCACCUCCACCUCCACCCUUUGUUCUAACACCAGAGAAUGCUUUCAAUCCGUCGUCUCCAGUCACAUCGCCACUCAUCAUCAGCUCCCCGCCAACAUCUUCCCCGGCACCAGAACCACAACUGGCCCGGGAACCUGGCCCCUCUAUACCUGUGGCCCCGCCACUGCCACCUCAGUGUCUUGCAGCUAAGAGACAUUCUCUCAUCUCAGCCACACUGCCCUCUUCUCCUCAAGUAAAUACAGUGCCAUAUGAUCCUUCCCCUCCGCCUCUCCCACCACCCCAAGCUGUUCGAGUGCCUGUUACGCCACCCAUUGCGCCUGUCACACCAACCACUGCGCCUGUCACACCACCAACUUUACCCGUUAUGCAGCCCAUAGUAUCUGUUACAUCAUCUAAUGUACAGGAGAAAGUCUCGCCCUCUUCAGUCCCAGCAAUGGAACAAGUAAUACCACCUCUGCACACACCCACACCCUCGCCACGAGAAGAGGAACCUUCACCAGGGCUAAUCAUCUCCCCACAGCCAUCAAUGGAAGAAUUCUCAUCUUCAGUAACAAAUGAACUCCCUGUUUCUGAUGAAGAAGCAUUUGCCUCGCUUGAAGCAUCCGAGUCACCACAAAUGUCAGAAUAUGAUAGUAAACACAAAGAAGAUAUUGGAACACCAUUACAGACAAAUUCAAGCGUUCCAGAGCAAGAGCCUGCCAAACAACCUGCUCUCAGGGACUCAUCACCCAGUAAACAGUCUACUAAGAGCAAUCAACCUACACAACAAGUUCCUGUCAAGGAAUUUAUACCCAGUCAGCAAAUUAUUGAAGAACCAUCACCAGCUCAGCAGCCAGUGCGGCAGCUUCCCCAAGAGCCAUCACCAGUGCGGCAGCCUCCCCAAGAGCCUUCACCAGUGCGGCAGCCUCCCCAAGAGCCUUCACCAGUGCGGCAGCCUCCCCAAGAGCCAUCACCAGUGCGGCAGCCUCCCCAAGAGCCUUCACCAGUGCGGCAGCCUCCCCAAGAGCCUUCACCAGUGUGGCAGCCUCCCCAAGAGCCUUCACCAGUGUGGCAGCCUCCCCAAGAGCCAUCACCAGUGCGGCAGCCUCCCCAAGAGCCAUCACCAGUGCGGCAGCUUCCCCAAGAGCCAUCACCAGUGCGGCAGCCUCCCCAAGAACCUGCACCUGCUAGACAAAUACCAAUAAAGGAAUCUUCACCUAUUAAACAGGUGCCCAUCAAGGAAUCUUCACCUAUUAAACAGGUACCCACCAAGGAACCCUCACCUAUUAAACAGGUACCCAUCAAGGAACCCUCACCUAUUAAACAGGCGCCCAUCAAGGAACCUUCACCCAUUAAAGAGGUGCCCAUCAAGGAGCCUUCACCUAUUAAGGAACCUUCACCUAUAAAACAAGUGCCCAUCAAGGACCCUUCGACUGUUAAACCUAUACCCAUCAAAGAACCUUCUCAUAUUAAGUCUAUCCCAAUAGAGGAACCUUCACCUCGUAAACAGGUCCCCAGCACAAACUUCACCCCAGUUCGACAGACUUCUAUCAAGGAACCUUCAUCAACUCAACAAGGACUAGUUACGGAACCUCCCCUGGUGAGAUAUGUACCUGUUAAACAGGCUUCCCCAUCGAGACAGAUCUCCAGGCCUGAGGUAACAUCAACCAAGCAGACCCCCCCCAGUGAACUUUCCAUAAUAUGUUCACCACCAUCUGUUCAUGUUAUGCCAGUUAAAGAACCUGCUCCAGCGAGACAGACAUCAGUGACGGAAACGACUCCAGUUAGACAAAACUUUGUACAGCAGCCUCAACCUCUUACACAGCCUACUUAUCAAGGGAGACAACAACCUCAGCCUGUGAUACAACCCACUCUUGGACCAAAUUCUGUGUGUCAGACUCCAGAUCAAAUAACUUCUCCUGUGAUACAAACUUCUGCUCAAUAUUCUACUCCAGUAAAUGUGUCCAGAGUACCAGGGCCUUCUGUAAGACAAGUCCCUGUGCAUCAGUCCAUCCCCAUGAGACAGACUUCUUUGCCAGAACCUGCACGGGUUACAGAAAUACCCAUACAAAAGUCCACUUCUGCUAAUCAAGCACCCAAACAACAAUCCACUCCUGUAAGGCAGACUUCUUUACAAGAGACAGUGCAACCAAAGCCAGAACCUGUGAAAAUGAAUAAUCAGCCUAAGAUACACAAUAUACCAGUAUGUAUGCCAUCAUCCCCGCCGAGCAUCGCAGCUAAUGCAGCACCAGCUAAUGCUAGAGGAGGCGCCCGGAUAGUACGUCAGGCAUCAUUGCCUAAUAAACCCUCCUCACCCCAAGUGUCCCCACCUAAUGCUCAACUGGGAUCUAUUUAUGUCCCUCCCAUCAGUAGUGACACAGAGAGCACUACUUCACCAAUGUCACCCUCAAGUGACAGGAGUCCAAGGUUGAGCCCAACCACAGGCCUCCUCAAAUGUCCUUUGCCUUGGAUGUGUGCUCAGAGGCAGAAUGCCUCACCACCUCCAUCAUUUGUCACACAUGCUCAACAGACACAACAAAGGCUUCAACAGAAUCAGCAAAAUCGUCUCUUGAGACAAAGGUCAUUAGGACCUGAAUCCCCUCCUACACAGCCCCUUGCUGAGGCUACCGUUCUGCCCCAGCCAGAGGUUUAUCACCACCCAGGCUUCCAAAGACAGAAAUCUUUACCUCCUCCUCAGCGACCAAACCCACAGCCGCAGCCACAACCUAUAAGAAUACAACAGCUUCGACCUCAGUAUCAGCAACCACAACAGUCUCGUGUAAUUCCUAUUCAAGUACAGCAAGCACAACAAACUCGCACAAUUCCCAUCCAUGUACAGCAAACACAACAACAGAAGCAGCGCCCCAGGGAGCGCAUCAUUCCCAUAAUGAUUGAACGGGAUUCCCCUCCAAAGAACACAGCUCAACCUUCGACCCCCUUCACCUCCUCACCAGUAACAGCAGCAGCUGAUUCUUUCAUUCCCAUCAGCACAGACAUCGCUGGCAACACUAAUGCAAGACCCAGCUUCCAUCAGCCACAACCCAGCCUUCAACAAGCACAACCUAGCUUCCAGAAAGCACAACCUAGCUUCCAGCAAGUACAAUCCAACUUCCAGCAACCACAGCCUAGCUUCCAGCAACCACAGUCCAACUUUCAACAACCACAACAAUGGCAACAGUCACAAUCACAGCAACAAGCACAAAAGCAACAGCCACAGCAGCAUCAACAGGAAACAUGGAUGAAUUCUCCUGGUACAACAUUCUCUCCACCACAGUUUCCUUCAACUCCCUUGAGUGGGGGUCAGAGUGGUGCAUUCCACCCCUACAGCUCCCCAGCAGGGGUGUAUCCAAACAAUAAUGCCCUUGAUGCUCUCCAUCAGAUGCAACAGAGCCUUGCUCAGCUCAACUCAGGCCUACAGAAUGCGUUUCCAAGAUUCAUUCAGAAAAAAAUGUCGGACUCAAUAACGCCUCGGACAACCCCUAGCUCACAGCCAUACCGGCCACAACAGAAUGGUGAUGGCAUGGUGACAGCUGACCAAGCCACUAGUGGGGUAGACAUGGGUGGGGCUCCAGUCCAGUCUCGUUCAUUCAAGCUUCUGCAGAAUGUCCUUGACCAUCAAGACACAACAGAUACGCCAUCAAAUGGUAUGCCCAUGAAAGUAGAGGUGCCCCUUGGAGCACCUGCCCGUGUCAUACAGCAAGGUAAUGGUCAGCGAGGAUCCAUUUCUCAGACAAGUGGCGGACAAAGUAGUUCCAUCACCAGUGUUGGGAACUCUAAAAACCAGCAGAGAGAAAAUAUAGAUCAACAGAAUGGAGGAUUUAGGGUGAUCCCUAUCCAGCAAAGCGGGGAAGAAUUAAAAGUCCUACCUAAAUAUAUUGGAGGAUAUAAAGCUAACAUCUCAGACACAAAGGGGUUAUCAAAUAUCUUUAAAAAUCAAGUACGAGUGUCUACUGAUACUGAUGAAGCUCGGAGCAGGGGUGGCCACUUCCCUGCCACCAAGACUGUUAUUAUCACGCAGAAGACUGGUUCAGAUGAUGAAAUCUCCAUUUAUAUGCAACAGACUGUUCCACACUCUAAUACCCCAGUGCAUCAAGGAGAGGUGCUGCCCAAGCAACAAUAUAGUCAGAUCCAAAACCAACAGAAAAAUCCACAAGAGAAUUAUGAAAGCCCUGAGUACCAAGGGCAGCCUCAGCAGUACCAAGGGACUGCACCUAAAAUUAAACAGCUAACACAAUCAAAAGAAAAAGAGGAGCCCACUACAUCAAGAUUUUUCCGAAUGCUUCAGACGAUCACUGAUACUUUGCCUGAAGGAGCUGAACCCCAGGGACCUGUCCACAUCCCCAACUUCCGACAGCAGCCGAAGCCAAACCACAUGCAACAGCCAAGUCAGUACCAACAGCCAGGCCAAUACCAACAGCCAGGCCAAUACCAACAGCCAGGCCAAUACCAACAGCCAGGCCAAUACCAACAGCCAGGCCAAUACCAACAACCAAUCCAGUACCAACCACCAGGCCAGUACCAUCAGCCAGCAGGUGGCAUGAGCAGUGCAGCAGCUGCAGAAGAAGCUGUACCUGAACCCAAGAAAUAUAUGGGUGGCAGUAUCCCAUCCCGUUCCUUCAGAAUGCUGCAGGCUAUGACUGGUGCUGAUGAUGUCUCAGACGACGGAGAUCCUGCCAAUACGUCAGAGGCUACCAGCCCACCUGAUGACGACAAACAGCAUGCAGCCAAUCAGAUACCUUCUCCCACCUGGAAAUCCUCAGCUCAGAACUCCCCAACAUUACACUCUUCUCCUUCUACACUCAUGGCAACAUCUGACACGUCUUCUGAUAGUGGAAUUUCUUCUUCUAAGAUUUCUCCUACUUACACAACAACUAAAGAUAGUAAAGUAUAUAGACAUGUCUCUCCCAAAAUUACUCUUAAUGGGUCUAAGGAUGAACGUAAAGUUAAUUCUGCACUUAGCCAUACAAAGGAACCAUCAUCUCCCUUUUCCCAGAGCUCUUCUCCAACUUGGAAAAAUGCACAAACACCUAGAUUCUUCUCAUCAGCAAAUCAAGCUCCAUCAGGACCAAAAGAAAGUGAGGAUCACGAUUCAGAUCGUGAUAGUCCCCGGCUAAUGAAAAUCAUUAGGCAAGAAUCAAGUCCACAAAACAGCUCAAAUGUUGCUGAAAGACGCUAUGAAGGUGGACAUAUUCCUUCUCGUGUGUUUCGUCACUUACAGACAGAAUACCCAUCUGAUUCUAAUGAAUUACAGGACCCCAAGUCAUGCCUAAAUUCUAAAAGUCCAUCUCCUCGUUAUGAAGGCGGUCCUAUUCCUCCUAGAGUUGUGAAAUCUUUACAAAAUGAAAACAACAGUUUUGAUUCUGAUUCAUCGAGCUCAUAUGCAGAGCUUGAUGAAUACUACUGCAAUGGAAUGGCAAAGACAGCUGUAAAUAAGGAGACAGUCUUAAAAGAACUUACUUCCCAAUUUGAUCACACAGGAAUAAGGAGGAAACCUAAAGCUGCCCCUGGAAAAGUAUUCCGUUACUUACAAGCUCAAUAUGACUCUACUGAUGAGGUAGACAAACAGCAGGAGCAGCAGCAGCCGAAUGAUACUCUGCAGCCAGAAUCUGGUGAUGAUCAUGGCUUUGGAUACCGGGGAUCGAAGGUGCCAUCACCCUCAUUCAGAUUUUUACAGAGCCAGUACCACCAACAGCAAGAAGAGGAAGAAGCAAAUCAUCAGGAAACACCUACUCCAGAUGCCCCUCAGUAUGAGGAAGAACCUACACCUUACCGAGGUGCUCGUAUCCCUGGGCGCACCUUCAGGUCCCUGCAAGAGAAUGUUUCAGCUCAUCCUUCUGUUAUAAAGUCAAAAAAGUGAAACUGUUGUUCAUGAAAAUAUAGAAUAAUAUGAUUACUUUUUAUAAGAUUUUUAUAUUUAUUGCUUUAGCACACAAUAUACAGUGCUGUACUGUAUAUCCAUCCACACUCUUUGACCUGAAUUUUUUUUAGAUUAAUUGUACUGUACUAUACCGUAUCAUGCAUUGCAUAUUAUUGUAUGUGCUUUGAAGAAUACAUAUGCUUUCAAUGGUACGGUAUACAUAAUACAGCAUUUUCUGUGUUGCAUCUACAGAUUUGUUGUGGUGAUAAGGAAAAUAUUUACUGUACUGGAAUAAAAGCAACAUAAUGGAUAUACAAUAUAACAGACAUACGAAAGUUCUUUCUCAGUAUGAUUAGUUCAUCUUUUUGACCACAGUAAAAUACAACGUAAGAUAUAAAACAAUUUUUUGAACACACUAGAACUCCUGAAAGGUUAUACAGUACCUGUAUAUAAAUUAGCUGAUAAUUGGAAACAAAAGAAUAUGCUGUAUAUUGUAAAAACAAAUUGACUGAAAAUUUUAAGUUCAUCCAAGUAACUCUAUUUUUUGUGUAUCCAAGUGUUCUCAUAAUUGUAAUGUACUUUGUAUAUUUACUAUGCACAAACAUAAGUAGUAGUUGCUUAUAAGUGCACUGAUCGUGCUUACUGAACUUGAUAACACCAUAAAAAUCUUAGCCAUGCAUAUCCUUCUCUUUGUAGUUACAUCUUGCUUAUUUAUUACAAAAUACACUGUACCCAAACAGUUGCAACACAGCCUAAAUGGCACCAGCCCUUCAAUCAUCCUUAUAUUCUUUUAACUUUGUUUAUGCUUCCUAGUAUAAACGAAUGAUAAAGUUUCAUUUGUUUUACUAAUGAAUUAUGCUUAUUGAAUUCUUUUCUGAAUUUUGCACUUUCCUGUUUUACAAGGAGGGCUUGAUAUUCAUACUUCAGUAUUCUCAAUCACAGAAUAAGUGAAUUGCUCUUUACAGGUACAGUAUUUGCAGUGACUUCCAUAGUCAACACAAUAAAAUUCAAAGCUAAAUGAUAGGUGUUCAUCAUCAAUUAAAUUAUUUUCAUAUUGUUGAAUAUUAUACGCAAACCUGUUUUUUUCCGCAUUUUGUUUUUAUUGAAGUGGAUGAGGUGUGCCUUUUUCAUUCCAUGAUUUACAAUCAAAAGUAGAGAGCAUUUUUUUUACCGUAUGUAUAUGCUUUUCCCAUGAUCCUCUUUCAUUGCUGUCCUUAAACAUUGUACAGGUAGUUACAAUACAUGCACCAACCAUGCACUCCCAACCUUCCACAUACACAAUCCUAAAAUGCACACUCCAGAUUGCUGUUGACCCUCAGCCCCAGUGUUGUCUACCAUUUGGCUUGCUUGUGGUGUUGAAGAUGUCUUGCUG